AUGAACAAUUUAUUCACCAAUUCAUUUUCUCGCUUCCACAGCGAAGAAGCCACGCCGGAUCGCCACCACGUCAUCGAGAUGGCAGACGGCGGAAGUCCGGGAACCGGAGCUAGGGUAAACCUCGACAAAUUCUUCGACGACGUCGAAGGCGUAAAAGAAGAUCUAAAAGAGCUCGAAGGAAUUUCACAAAAACUAAAUAAGAGUCACGAACAGAGCAAAACGGUUCACGAUGCUAAGGGAGUGAAAGAUUUGCGUUCUCGUAUGGACGACGACGUUUCGGUGGCUCUGAAGAAAGCGAAGAUGGUGAAGCUGAAAUUGGAGGCUCUAGAACGAUCUAAUGCUGCGAACCGGAAUUUGCCAGGGUGUGGACCGGGUUCGUCUUCGGAUCGGACGAGAAGUUCUGUGGUCAACGGGUUGAAGAAGAAGCUUAGGGAUUCUAUGGAGACUUUUAACAGUCUCCGUGAACUUAUUUCUUCGGAAUAUAGAGAGACUGUUCAACGUCGUUAUUUCACCGUUACCGGCGAGAAUCCCGAUGAUAAGACGCUUGAUCUAUUAAUCUCCACUGGUGAGAGUGAGACUUUUCUUCAGAAAGCCAUUCAAGAACAAGGUAGGGGGCAAAUUAUUGACACCAUCAAUGAGAUUCAAGAGAGGCAUGAUGCUGUGAAAGAGUUGGAGAAGAAUCUACUGGCAUUGCACCAAGUGUUUCUCGACAUGACAGUAUUGGUACAAUUUCAAGGUGAGCAGUUGGAUGAUAUUGAGAGCCAUGUGGCAAGGGCGAGCUCGUUUGUGCAUACAGGAGCUGAGCAUUUAGAGACGGCAAGGAAGCACCAGAGAAACACAAGGAAAUGGACCUGUUAUCUUAUUAUACUUAUUCUGAUCAUUGUUUUGGUUAUUGUUCUCAUCGUUGUGAAACCGUGGCAACAUAAUGGUGGCGGUGGGGAUAGUCAGCCUGCUCCAGCACAGACAACCCCAUCUCCUCCUCCUCCGGCUUCUACUUAA